UUACAACUGGUGGAAAUUAUAGUCAACAAAAUCAAGAAGUCUGCUGGAUUACCCCCGCCUACUUUGAGGGCUUUUGCAUGUUCUGUUUCUGCAUGGCUUAAGAGGUUGCGCGAUAUUGCUUUAAAGAAGGAAAUGAAGACAAGAGAAGAUGGCAUUAGUACAACCCCUACGUUAUUGGGAUUGGCCACUUCUUUGUCUAGUCUCUGCUCAGGUGCUGAGUAUCUGUUGCAAAUAGUGCAUGGUGCCAUCCCACAGGUGUAUUUUGAGUCUAAUUCGUCUCUUCCUGCUGCUUACUUGGCUGUUCACGUCCUUGACCAUCUUUACAAGAAGCUGGAUGAAGUGUGUCUAGUGCGAGGUGGUGAGGAGGAAGAUUACCAGAUGCUUCUUUAUUUAUUUAUUGGAAGUAUAUUGCCGUAUAUUGAGGGUCUUGAUUCUUGGCUUUUUGAAGGAACACUAGAUGAUCCAUACGAGGAGAUGUUCCUUUAUGUUAAUAAAGCAAUAUCUGCUGACGAGACUGACUUUUGGGAGAAGAGUUAUCUAUUAAGGCAAGUACAGUAUCAAAUGUUAGAUGUUGCGACCUCUGCCUCAGUGACAAUCAACAAAAUCGAGAAGUCUGCUGGAUUACCCCCGCCUACUUGGAGGGCUUUUGCAUGUUCUGUUUCUGCGUGGCUUAAGAGGUUGCGUGAUAUUGCUUUAAAGAAGGAAAUGAAGAUAAGAGAAGAUGGCAUUAGUACAACCCCUACGUUAUUGGGAUUGGCCACUUCUUUGUGUAGUCUCCGCUCAGGUGCUGAGUAUCUGUUGCAAAUAGUGCAUGGUGCCAUCCCACAGGUGUAUUUUGAGUCUAAUUCGUCUCUUCCUGCUGCUUACUUGGCUGUUCACGUCCUUGACCAUCUUUACAAGAAGCUGGAUGAAGUGUGUCUAGUGCGAGGUGGUGAGGAGGAAGAUUACCAGAUGCUUCUUUAUUUAUUUAUUGGAAGUAUAUUGCCGUAUAUUGAGGGUCUUGAUUCUUGGCUUUUUGAAGGAACACUAGAUGAUCCAUACGAGGAGAUGUUCCUUUAUGUUAAUAAAGCAAUAUCUGCUGACGAGACUGACUUUUGGGAGAAGAGUUAUCUAUUAAGGCAAGUACAGUAUCAAAUGUUAGAUGUUGCGACCUCUGCCUCAGUGACAAGUUUUAUGAAAGGAAAGGAAUGUGGCAAUAAAGACCUUCAAUCAUGUCCAUUGUUUAUUAAGGACAUAGCUAAGUCUAUUGUUUCUGCUGGAAAAUUGUUACAGCUGAUCCGGCAUAUUCCCAUGACAUCUUCAGUUGUAUAUAGAAACGGAAAUGACUCUGAGGUUGAUGGUUCUGGAAGUUUUAAUAAAGGUAGAGACAGAGCCACAAGAGCACCUUCAACCAAGUCUGAGGCUACAACCGCCGAAGAGCCAAAGGAAACAACACCACCCGUAGAAGCAGAAAUCGAGAAACCAGCUGCUCCCGAAGCCGAGGCUUCAGUUUCGGUUGAAGUUGAGACCAAGGAGGAGGUGGCAGAAGAACCAAAGGCGGGCGAGGCAGCUGAGGUGGAGGAGCCAACAGUAGAAACGGAGACAACAGAAGCAGAAGAGCAUUUAUGCACCUCGGAUUCUGACGGUCACUACCAGAACCAUUUACAGAGUUUGUUGCGAAAGCAUACUAAGUUUGACACUGAUCUGCACCUUUUCACUCAGAGUCUCCUCAGGUCUCAACCUCCGUUGUUGAGCCAUACAACAGCGAAGCAGAAGCAGAACUCUGCUGAUGGAGUGCUACUAAGUUUUCCUGAUUCAUUGAUUGUAUCCCUCACCAAAAAUCACGACUUAAAUGGAAAUGAGCAACCUAAGAUGGCUUCCCUUCCCUCAACUCCUCAUAAAAGUCGUGUUCAGAGCUUUGGAAUGGAUGGACUUGAUCAACUAAACUUCACAUAUAAGGUCUCUUGGCCACUUGAACUUAUUGCAAACGCGGAGGCAAUCAAGAAAUAUAACCAGGUCAUGGGGUUCUUGUUGAAGGUUAAGCGAGCAAAAUUCGUACUUGAUAUAGCUCGAAGGUGGAUGUGGAAGGGUAGAGGCAGUGCCGCAAACAACCACAAGCGUCACUGGUUAGUGGAGCAAAAACUUCUCCAUUUUGUCGAUGCUUUUCACCAGUAUGUGAUGGACAGAGUAUAUCACAAUGCAUGGCGUGAGCCAUGCGAAGGUAUGGCAGCCGCUCGAUCUCUGGACGAAGUCAUAGAAGUACAUGAAUUGUACUUGUUGACAAUUCAGCGGCAGUGCUUUGUAGUUCCAGAUAAGCUGUGGGCUCUCAUAGCAAGCAGGAUAAACAACAUCCUGGGAUUAGCAUUGGACUUCUAUUCUAUACAACUGACGCUCAGCGGCGGAACAGUUUCUGCAAUUAAGGCCAAAUGCGAAAUGGAAGUCGAUCGUAUUGAGAAGCAGUUUGAUGAUUGCAUUGCUUUCCUGCUCAGAGUGCUUUCGUUCAAGCUCUACGUCGGGCACUUUCCUCAUUUAGCAAAUUUGGUUACUAGGAUCAACUACAAUUACUUUUACAUGUCGGAUGCUGGAAACCUAGGGACUCUCCCGAGCUCGGAAAAUGUUGCUUCGAGGCUGGGGAAGGCUUUUCUAAGCAGAACAGAAUGAUUGCAGUUAAGGAUUUUAGUUUAUUUAA